GUACGACGAAUGGUCAUCGGCGCGCAUUGUCGCCGGCAAGCGCAGCCGCCAAUCAACAACGGCGUAGUAUCGCCGCGUCCGGGAUGUCGCUCACGGAAUCAAGAUGGCAUCCGAGGAUGGUGCGGGGAUCGUGUCAAACGUAGGAUACGAUGUAAAUAAUACGAUCCAGCGAGCGGCCGAGUCGAUUGGAAGCAAAACAGCGGACGGUACGUCGUCCGCAACGACGUGGCACGCCGUCAUCGAGAGGACAGCCGGCCGCGCCAGCGAUCCCGCGAGUAAUUCGCCCGGGACGCCCACGGGUUUCCCUGCAGCGUCACCGUUUCACGCGAACACGGAAGGGCACGCUUUACGGAGGGACUCGGGCCCCACAAGCUCGUGCGGUGAUGUGGAAGAACGAGUCGCGGGCGAGUCUGACAACGAAACGCAGCAGCCGUCCCAUCAGCAGCAACGCAGCAUGUCUCACCAGAGAACUGACCUGGACGGCGCCGCUUGUCUUCCGGGAGAACCAGACGGAAAUCCAGAUUACAAUGAUGUAGUAAAAGCUGCUAGGGAACCAGUUCAACAUGUUAAACAUGCCGAUUCCACAUGUAACAACGACACAAUGUUAUCCGGAGGCAUGCACACAAAAUCGACAAAACCAAAACUAGAAGGAUGCGUAAAUUUCUCCAGCAACACACCGCAGUUGGGUGAAAGCCCGCAAAGCAGCGGCGAAGUGAUCAGCAGUCCAAGAAGCCCUGACUAUCCGCCGAGAGUUUCCGUCAGCCCUCACCCACACAGUCCGACGUUUUCCAUGACACCGGUAAACUCCACGGUUAUCAUGGACACAGCAAAAUAUAACGAAGAGAGUACCAAAAACGUGGGCACUCUUGUGGACAAAGUGAUCGAGUACGCGUUAUGUCCAUCACCGGCGAAGACUGACGAUCCGCAAGUUGACAUCAUGAAGGCAGAAUCUGACAAGCAGGAAAAUACUUGCAGAGAGAAAGAAACUAUUGACAAUGAAUUGAAGACAGAACCCCUUGAAAUUAAGAAGGAACCCGUCGACUUGUCGCAGGAGGAUCUUCAAACGGUCAAAUCCGAAUGGGCGGAAGAUGGUUCUUCAACCACGGCGGAUGGCGACACUGCGACGGCGUCUCAAGAGAAAUCCACCAAUUCGUCCUUCAGUUCGCCUUCGAAAACCUACUCAUCUUCGAAAGAGAAGCAUUCAAAGGAGGACAGGCGAUAUUGCUCGCGGUGUCGCAAACGCAAAGGGAUAAAGAGAGCGAGUAUCGGUGUGCAGUGCAAACGCGAUCGUCACGUAUUGUCUUCGUUGAGCAGCAAACCGCUCUCCUUCUCCAAGUCUACCAAUGAAAAUCUAAGGUUAAAUCUACAAACGAAGAACUACAAGGUGCUGGACAAUCCAUCGGUGAAAGCUGAAUUGCUGGAAGGCCUAAAGUAUAAGAAGUUCAUUCACAUAGAAUGGUAUCCCAACGGCGGUGCCACGGUGGUCCACAUGUAUCAGGAUGAGAUUAAUAAUCUGUCGCGCGAACAAAUGGAAGAAUUGGCGCAAGAAUACUUCAAAGUUGUUUUUGGCGAGGACGAAAAUGGGAACGCUCAUCACGUUAUGGGCAUCGUGCACAAUGCAGCCGCAUACCUGCCCGAUCUUUUGGACUACAUGGCGAAUAGUUAUCCGACGUUGACUGUAAAAAACGGAGUACUCGGUAGAAGCAGUGAUAUAGAAACGACCACGAUGGCUCAAUACAAAGACCAAGUGUGCAAAUCUUACAGCAACGGCACCAUCAGAUACGGGCCGUUGCAUCAAAUAAGCCUCGUAGGAACUGUUCACGAGGAAGUCGGCGGAUAUUUUCCGGAUCUACUGCAGAAGUUGGAAGAGAACCCGUUCCUAAAAAUGACGAUGCCUUGGGGUCCUCUAUCUGUCGCUAAGAUGGACACGCCACAGGAGUCGAACGACGGUCCUAUUCUCUGGAUCCGACCGGGCGAGCAAUUGGUUCCAACGGCCGACAUAAACAAGAGCCCGUACAAAAGACGCAGAACGGGUAUUAACGAGUUGAGAAACCUCCAGUACCUACCGCGGCUCAGCGAGGCUCGGGAGUACAUGUUCGAGGAUCGCACGAAGGCGCACGCCGAUCACGUCGGCCACGGAUUGGACAGGAUGACCACGGCGGCGGUCGGCGUGCUGAAAGCUGUCCACGGCGGUCAACCGUCCGAGUAUAACAGGAUCACGAAGGACGUCGUGGCCUUCUACGCGGGCGACUUCACCGAGCUCGUCGAGAAGCUGCAGUUGGACCUGCACGAGCCGCCGAUAUCGCAGUGCGUGCAGUGGGUGGAGGACGCGAAGCUGAAUCAGUUGCGUAGGCAGGGCGUCCGCUACGCCAAGAUUAAUCUUUACGACAACGAUAUAUAUUUUCUACCGCGCAAUAUCAUCCAUCAAUUCAGGACGGUCUCGGCCGUGUCGAGUAUCGCUUGGCACAUCAGGCUGAAACAGUAUUAUCCGGAGUCGCAGCACAGUUCUAACAGCAGGCACAGUCGCGUGGUGAACGAGUCCGCUCACCGUAUCAAGGAGAAGAAGCCGUUGGAGGCCGGCAUAGGCGACGAGCAGAAGGAGAACACGAAUCGGCAGCGUUUAGAGCAGAAGUCGAUCGACUUUCUCGAGAAGGCGAAGGAAAGGGCGGCCGAGUAUCAGGGUAACUUGAAGAAAUCCGACCAGCACGGGAAACACCGCAAGAGUCGGCAUCACUCCAGACACUCGUCGCCUAAGCGCAAGGACAAGGAAGAGGGCACCGACAAUCCGUCGUCGGACUCGUUCGACAGCACUAAAUCGUCCAAGAACGGCGAGAGCGGCGAGCAGAAGCAGAGCGGCGACAAGAGGGACGAAAAGAGGUCGGAGAAGAAACAUAAGGAUCGCCGUCGCAGCAGCGACAAGUCGAGCAGUCAUCACACGCACAGCAGCAGCUCCGAGAAUUGUCAUUCGUGCAAGAAGAAGAAGUACGACGCCAGUGGUGCCAAGUUGGACCACCGCUGCAAUCAUCACGAGAGGUCCAGCAGCAAGAGCAUAUCGAGUAAAGAGAGCGUGGUGGACGCAAGGGUGGUUUUCAAGUCUGACAAAUCGGCUUUUUUGAAGGAGAUCAAGAGACUGAGCGGCUCGAUAUCGCCGCUGGUGAACACCGGCGCCGUUAGCAGUCGCAAAUACCCGUCACCGGGCGUCCUCGAGGAGAAGGUUCUGACGCAACGGCGGACCGUCGCCAAGACGUACGCCACCGAGGUGGUCGACAAGGCGUUAGAGAUCGCGAUCUACAAGUCGAAGACCGACGUCGAGGAGAUCUGCCAGUCGCUGCACACCGAAAUCUCGGACGCAUCGCAGGAGGUGCUGAAGAGGAUCCACAAGGAGAGCGUGGAGAUCGCCGAGCAGUGGUUCAAAGACGACGCCGAGAAGCGAACCAAGUAUUGGGACCUGCUGGAGAUGGAAACCGCACUGGCAUUUGUGACGGAGAUCAAGCUCGCAACGGACAACGCCGUCAGGGCGUUGAUCGAGAUGGCGGAGGACGAGGCGAAGGAGAAGGCGAAGAACGAGAAGAGCGCCGAGUUCGCGAGCGGUGGCGGCAACGCCUGCGACGAGAGUUCGACAACGACGUCGACAACGAUGACGACCAGUGUCUCCUCGUAUUCCUCCUCGUCCGUGACGUCCUCCACGUCGCCGUCUACCGAGAACGAGAGGCACAGUAACAGCAGGAACGCCAGCAGCGAGGAAAACUCGUCCAAGUCGUCGGAGCCUCCCCACUCCGCCGCGACGCACUCGAAAUCAAAAUGCAAAAAGUGCAGAGACGAGAAAGAAUGCAGCGAGCGGAGGCACAAGCGGAGGGACCACGAAAGGCGGGAACGGAAGCACAGUCGGCACCGCCAUCGGAGCCCCCAGCUGAAAUCCGAUUCCAAGCCAUCCGACGACGCCGGCAAGGAGGAGGUCACCGAGCCACUGUCGCACAAUUACCCCGUCGUGGAGAAAUCGGAGCAGGCGAGUUCGAAGGAUGGCGAGAAGAAGUCGGAGGAGAAGAGGAGAAAGUGCCACUGCGGCCAUCACUGCAGUCACAGGCAUGAAGAGAAGAGGUCGUCCAGCAGCAGCACCGGCAAGGACGGCCACGUGACGUCGACGAAUCGCUCCCAUUCGUCGAGCUCGAAGCACAAGAGGAAGUCCAGCUCGUCCGGCGAGCAUAAAGAAACGAAGAAACUAUGUCUGGAGAAGGAGCCGAGCGCGCGAGUGUCCGAGCCGAAAGUCGAGCAGUCGAGCAGCGCAACGACGGCGACAACGGCGACGGUGACCACGACGACGACGACGACGACGACAACGACGAAUCCGACGCAUUCACCGCCGGCGAGCACCACCGUUGUGUCGACCACGUGAAAAGGUGACGACUGUAUUCUUUAUGACUGUAGUACAAUCCGCUCGUUAGAGGCGCGAGUUGGCGGCGCGCGGCGGAGCGAAACCGGCGGUUUGGCCGAUCGCCAGUGAGAACACUGAACUGAAAUUGUACCGCCCGGUUGCGGCUAAACAUCGGAGAUCGCGGCAGAC